GCGGCGACGACGCGGUCGGGUGGCGCUGGUGAUUGCGGCCUCACCGGUACCCGCGGAAUCCCGAGAAGGAUACUCAUCUCAUUCAAGGAACUGCCAGUCUUCUAGCAGCUGGUACCUCCUGGCUUCAAUGGCGCAGCCAGCAGCUAAAAAGGCACCAUCGGUGUACCUGUACAUCCCUAAUCUCAUUGGAUAUCUCAGGAUCAUAAUGAAUUUCAUUGCAUUUGCUGUGUGCUAUUCCAACAGGACACUCUUUGCUAUCCUGUACUUCUUCAGCUUCUUCUGUGAUGGCUUGGAUGGUUGGUUUGCCCGGAAGUUCAAUCAAGCAUCAACAUUUGGAGCUGUGUUGGACAUGGUAACAGAUAGGGUUAGCACUGCUUGUUUGUUGGCGCUUCUCUCACAGUUUUACAGACCUGGCUUGGUUUUCAUACUGUUACUUGGGUUGGACAUUUCAAGCCACUGGUUUCAAAUGCACAGUUCUUUCUUAUCAGGCAAGGCUAGCCACAAAGAUGUGAAGCACACAGAGAAUGGGCUUCUGAAAUUCUAUUACGGAUAUCGGCCAUUCAUGGCCUUCUGCUGUGUUGCUUCUGAGGUUCUGUACAUUAUCCUCUUUCUCUUUGCUGAUGAGAAGAAUACAAGCUUGCUCAGUGUGUGCAGAGGUAUUCUGAAGGAAAGUCCCCUUAUUGUCUUCGUGUUCAUUUCAACUCUAAUCGGUUGGGCCCUAAAACAAGUGAUCAACGUCAUCCAGAUGAAAACAGCUGCAGAUGCUUGUGUUGUGUAUGAUUUGAAAAGAGGCAAGUGAGGAAGCAGGACCCAGGUUUAGUUUUUAUUUGUGUUGGCAACUUGGCAUGUCCAAGAAAAACAUACGGUCAGGCGGGCUUGGUUGUAAGGCACAUAUGGUAGCUCCUUGAUGUAUCUCUUAACAUGUCUCUGGUCUGGGGGUUAACACGCUAUGGGAAAAGCAGCGUGAAAAGAAAAGUGAGAAACGCUAAAACAUGGAGAUUCAGAUUGACAGGUUCUGUAAUGUGUACAUCUUUUCUAUGUGGUGAAUUUGAUCUUUCUUUCUUUC